AAUCACACUUUCUUUUCUUUUCUUUGAGUUAAACAAAGCAUUAACACUGUAACAAAAAAAACAAAGCAUUAACACUUUCCACAAAAUCUGCAUUGCAUUAAUGAAGCAAAAUCAAUCAUUCAUGAGUUGGUUGCUUCUGUUUUUGCAUCUUUUGCUCUUCCAUUUUCCAUCUUCCUCUUCUUUCAAAAUCUUAUGUAAUCAUGAUGAGAGCACUGCUUUACUUCAAUUCAAGUCUUCCUUCGAUAUAAUUACUUACUCUUAUUGUGAUGAACCUGCUUCAAAGACAGCAACAUGGAAAAAUGGGACUGAUUGUUGUUCCUGGAAUGGUGUCACCUGUGACACCAUCUCUGGUCACGUGGUUGGUCUCAACCUUGGCUGUGAAGGCAUUGAAGGUACAUUACACCCUAAUAGUACCCUUUUCAAUCUUCCUCACCUCCAAUCACUUAACCUUUCUUACAUUGAUUUCUUUGGCUCUCCUUUUCAUUUUAAGUUUGGUAGGUUUCUCAGUCUUAAACAUCUAGACUUGUCUAAAUGUAACUUUGAAGGUGAAGUUCCUCUUCAAAUAUCACAUCUUUCUAAAUUAGAAUCACUUCAUCUCUCCAUGAAUCUUUAUUUAGUUUGGAAAGAGACUACCUUGAAGAGACUCGUACAAAAUGCAACAAAUUUAACAGACCUUUUUUUGGAUGAAACAAAUAUGUCUUCAAUAAGACCAAACUCCAUGGUAUUUCUCUUCAAUCAAUCUUCCUCUUUGAUUACUCUUAAUCUUCAUAACUCAAGAUUAAGUGGAAAAUUGAAAAAGAGUCUUUUUUGUUUACCAAAUAUUCAACAGCUAGAUAUGUCAUGGAAUGACAACCUUGAAGGCCAACUUCCAGAAUGGAGUUGCAGCACUUUUCUUAGAAUCAUGGAUCUAUCAGAAUGUCAAUUCAAUGGGCCAAUUCCUCUGUCUUUUUCUAACUUCACACACCUUACUUUCCUAGAUAUUUCAAGAAAUAAUCUUAACGGUUCAAUCUCAUCCUCACUUUUAACUCUUCCACAUCUAACUCAUUUGUCUCUCCAUUACAAUGAUCUUAGUGGUCAAAUUCCAAAUGUAUUUCCUCUGUCAAAUAGAUUUCAAGAACUAUACUUGAGUUACAACAAUAUUGGAGGUGAGAUACCAUCAUCACUUUCAAACCUUCAACAACUUACUGUCUUACAUCUUUCAUCCAAUUUAUUUUCCGGUCAAAUCCCAGAUGUGUUUGGUAGGAUGACCGAACUUCAAUACCUCUAUCUAGCUGAUAACAAUUUACAAGGACAAAUUCCAUCUUCAUUAUUUAACUUGACUCAACUAGUUCAAUUAGAUUUCUCUUUUAAUAAAUUAGAGGGUCCCUUACCUUUGUGGUGUUUAUCCUUGCCAUCUUUGUAUAAACUAGAUCUAUCAAACAAUCGACUUACAUGGGAUAUCGAUGAUGCAUUCUCAUCAAAUUCCUUAGAGGAACUAAAUCUUAAUAACAAUAUGUUACAAGGAAAUAUUCCAAAAUCCAUUUUCACCCUCUCAAAACUAAAAUACUUGAGGCUACAAUCAAACAACUUGAGUGGUCUUAUCAAUUUUCAAAUCUUCUCCAAACUUCAAAAUCUGUCAUAUUUAUCCCUUUCAUUGAAUAGUCAAUUGUCACUAAACUUUGAAUCUAAUGUCUACAAUAGUUUUAAUCAGCUAUUUUCAUUAGAAUUGUCUGCUAUCAAUCUGAUUAAAUUACACAAAUUACAAGGAAAUUUCACAAAUUUGUAUUAUCUUGAUCUUUCCAAUAACAAACUUAAUGGAAUGCCCAAAUGCUUAAUUGAAACAGGUGACUUGCAAUUUUUUAACCUCUCUGAAAAUUUGUUCACGUCAACAGAUCAAUUGAUUGAAAUGGCAGUGAACAAUGAAUAUCUCUAUAUACUUGAUCUUAGUUUUAAUUUACUGAAUGGUGACAUCCCUUUGGCAGUUUGCAAUAUAAAUUCUGAACUUGAAUUUCUGAACUUGGGACACAACAAUUUGAGUGGUAUCAUUCCACAAUGUUUUUCACAUUUUCAAUCCCUUCAAUUUUUGGAUCUACAGAUGAACAAAUUUCAUGGCACUUUGCCAAGUAACCUUUCAGAUAACCUUGACACUCUAAAUCUUAAUGGAAACUUAUUAGAAGGCCUUUUGCCUAAAUCUUUGUCCCAUUGCAAAAGCUUCAAAGUUUUAAAUCUUGGAAGCAACAGGUUAGAAGACAAAUUUCCCGACUGGCUUCAAACUCUACAAGAUUUGAAAGUGCUGGUUUUGCGAGACAAUAGGUUCCAUGGUCCCAUUGCCAAUUUAAAGAUCAAACAUCUAUUUCCAAGUUUAGUCAUUUUUGAUAUCUCGGGCAACAAUUUUAGUGGUUUUCUACCAAAAGCCUAUUUCAAAAAUUAUGAAGCCAUGAAGAAUGCUACUCAAGUUGGUGGGGAUAGCAGUUUGAUAUACAUGGAUCCUUGGUGUUCAGAGUUUAAUGAAAGAUGCAGUACUGAUUCUGUGACUGUGACAACAAAAGGGAACGAAAUGACACUGGUGAGAAUUCCAAAAUUGUUUGUAAGUAUUGAUUUGUCAAGAAACAAAUUUGAAGGAGAGAUUCCAAAUGCUAUUGGAGAGCUUCAUGCACUUAAAGGCCUUAAUCUUUCCCAUAAUAGACUCACUGGUCAUAUUCCCCAAUCCAUGGCAAACUUGACAUACUUGGAAUCUUUGGAUCUUUCCUCAAAUAUGUUAACCGGUGUCAUUCCUGCAGAAUUAACCAAUAUGAAUAGCAUUGAAGUCUUGAAUCUUUCCAAUAACCAUCUUACAGGAGAAAUACCUCAAGGAAGGCAAUUCGAUACAUUUACAAAUGAUUCAUAUGAAGGAAACUUGGGGUUAUGUGGAUUUCCCUUGACAAAGAAAUGUGGACCUGAACCUGAACAACAUCAUUCUCCACCUUCAGCCGACAACAUUUGGAGUGAAGAGAAAUUUGGAUUUGGAUGGAAACCAGUGGCAAUUGGAUAUGGAUGUGGAUUUAUGAUUGGAAUAGGCAUUGGAUAUUUUGUGUUUUUAAUUGGAAAGCCAAGAUGGCUUGUGAUGCUAUUUGGUGGUCAGCCAAAGAGAAGAGUGAGAAGGAGAGCAAGAGAGCGGAGGACCAAUGGUUCUACUCAGAUGGUGCCAAUGUCAUAGUUUCAUUGUCGUGGUUAUUUUCUGUAUUGUGUGUUAGGAUUUUACUUUGUGUUUAAAAUAAGAUUGAUCAUGUGAGUGUGACAAUCUUGUCACUCUUAUUUGAUCUAGCUUGUUUGAUUUUGAGUUGUAAGUUUGUUAUCUGAAUGUAUUGUAUGUUUUUAUUUAAUAAUAAAAUUGCAAGUUUAUCCAAAACCUACAAAAUAAUAUACAGUUUAUACUGUUGUUUAUUUUAAUUGCCACUGUUGGGGAGAUGGAUGGAAGUAUGUCAAACGAACAGACAGUGUUGCUGGCGAAAUAGAUUAUUUUACAUCUGUUUUAUCAGAUGGACGCUGUCAAAUUAAAGGGAAUAUGGUGCUGUAUUAUGCAGAAAAGAUGCCAAUGCGGAUAAAAUGACUGCCCCUU